UUUUUCUCCCUCCCUUCGCACCCGUCUCGCCUCUGAUCUCAUCCUUCUUCCUCGACUCCGUCGGCCACCGCCACCGCUCGCCGGCGCUGGCCGUCCGAGCUCGGAAAGGUCCCGCCGGCCUUUCCUGCCAAGAUCCCACCUUCCUUUCUCGAGCCAGCUGACCUCGCCUGCUCCGUACUAGCUUGCUAGUUGAUUGGUGGGGCGUUCUUGAUUCGUGAAGCGACCGUACAGUAGGAUCGUGCUCGCGCCGCCUGAGGGUUGCGUGCAGUAUGGUCGUCAAAGAUUGGGAGUGAGGAGGCAGCUCAACGCAGUCGUGGAGGCUAAAUGUACCGCAAGAACGACUCGGCACUCUCCUGCUUCUACCUCUUCCUCCUCUGGUUCUUCUUCUUGAAAUAGACCAGCCCGGCCCAGCGAGAGCAACUCGACUGCGAUUGAGAUCGAUCGCUGUCUCGUUGUUUGGUCCGUGUGAGGCUGAGGUGAUUCUUUCCUGGUUGUUUGCUCCGGCAAGAAUCACAAGGUGCUUGGAGAAGGAGGGAGGAGAUGGAGCUGGAUCUGAACGUGGCCGAGGUGGCGCCGGAGAAGACGGCGGCGAUGGCCGCGAGCGACUCCGGCUCAUCGGAGUCGUCGGUGCUGAACGCGGAGGCGUCCGGCGGCGGGGCGGCGCCGGCGGAGGAGGGCUCCAGCUCGACUCCCCCGCCGCCCGCCGUGCUCGAGUUCAGCAUCCUCAGGAGCGAGAGCGACGCGGCCGGCGCCGACGACGACGACGACGCCACGCCGUCGCCACCGCACCACCACCAGCAGCAGCAGCCGCAGCUCAUCACCCGGGAGCUCUUUCCGCCCGCCGCGGGACCGCCGCGCCCGCAGCCGCAGCAUUGGGCCGACCUCGGCUUCUUCCGCGCCGAGCCGCCGCGCCCGCAGCCGGACAUCAGGAUCCUGCCGCACCCGCACGCCACGCCGCCGGCGCCGCCGCCCGUGCAGCCACAGGCGGCCAAGAAGAGCCGCCGCGGGCCGCGUUCCCGCAGCUCGCAGUACCGCGGCGUCACCUUCUACCGCCGCACCGGCCGCUGGGAGUCCCAUAUCUGGGAUUGCGGCAAGCAAGUGUACUUAGGUGGAUUUGACACUGCCCAUGCUGCUGCAAGGGCGUACGAUCGAGCGGCGAUCAAGUUCCGCGGCGUCGACGCGGACAUAAAUUUCAAUCUCAGUGACUACGAAGACGACAUGAAGCAGAUGAAGAGCCUGUCCAAGGAGGAGUUCGUGCACGUCCUGCGACGGCAGAGCACGGGGUUCUCGCGUGGCAGCUCCAAGUACAGAGGCGUCACCCUGCACAAGUGCGGCCGCUGGGAGGCGCGCAUGGGGCAGUUCCUCGGCAAGAAGUACAUAUAUCUUGGGCUAUUCGACAGCGAAGUAGAGGCUGCAAGGGCUUAUGACAAGGCCGCGAUCAAAUGUAAUGGUAGAGAGGCCGUGACGAACUUCGAGCCAAGCACAUAUGACGGGGAGCUGCUGUCCGAGGUUGGAACUGAAGCGGGUGCUGAUGUUGAUCUGAACUUGAGCAUAUCUCAACCGGCAUCUCAGAGUCCGAAAAGAGAUAAGAACUCCCUCGGUCUGCAAAUCCACCAUGGAUCAUUUGAGGGCGCCGAGUUGAAAAGAACAAAGGUUGAUACUCCCCCUGAACUGGCGGGCCGCCCUCAUCGGUUCCCUGUUAUGACUGAGCAUCCACCGAUCUGGCCUGCUCAAUCUCACCCCUUCUUUACAAAUCAUGAGAGUGCAUCAAGACAUCUUAACAGGAGGCCAGCAGAGGGGGGGACAGGGGGUGUUCCCAGCUGGGCGUGGAAGGUGACAGCCCCUCCUCCCACCUUGCCAUUGCCGCUCUUCUCGUCGUCGUCGUCGUCCGCUGCAGCAUCAUCAGGAUUCUCCAAUACCGCCACGACAGCUGCCCUUGCCACCCCAUCGGCCUCCCUCCGGUUCGACCCGCCGUCGUCGUCGAGCCAUCAACGCUGAAGAUCAAGAAGCCACGCUGUAAAUUUGCCGGGAAGAUGGCAUUUUUUUCCUCCUCUGGGCGUUGCAACUUUUUCGGUUUUGCGCCGGGGUGGUUUCUUGUAGUGGAUUGGAUUCGUGACUGUAUUUUCAUACUGCCCAAGUGAAAUGGUUCUCUCUUUACAUACACACUCUGCAUGCUGCUCUGGGAGUUGCUGCUGCUGGAGAUUGACUAACUUCAACAUCUGAGAUUGAUCUAUAUAUACAUUGUGUAGAGAAUCAUUGCUGAACUA